AUGGCUGUUUACAGUGCUCCUAGAUGGCUUCACCGAACAUCAUUAACCAUCUUCUGUAGUUUACUGGUUGCAUUUUCACUGGUUAUGCCAAUCGAUUCUGUUGUACAGGCUGCAAGGUCAGGAAAGAAUGCGUUGAAUACAUCUGUUGUUGUUGGUGCUGUAGUUCUCACUGGUAUCGUUUUUGCAGUUUUUGCUACUAGUAGAGUAUUGGUGCAUAGAUCAUGCAUACAGGAUAUACCCAAACGAUAUAUUCCGAUAACCAAACAUGACAUACUCCAUAGUGCCUGUAGGGAUGAAAUAACAAAAUGCAUAGAGUUUACGCAUAAAUCUGGUAAAGAUUUAAGGACUCCAAUGCGCAAGGUUGUUCAUGAUGGGUUAGAACCACCACCAAACCCCAAGUUUCCAGGUGACGAUACAAUACCACCGCUAUUGAACUACAAAACAUGUCUCAAGGUGGUAGCAGAUAGAUUCAAGUUCCAGGGAAUGUUUUUAAACAAUUUAGAUGCGAACCCAAGGAUAGGUUCAACCUUCAGUCAGUAUGUCAGAGAACAAUUUAAAUCUGAAGAUGAGGCUCUUACCCGUCGUGUUGAUGAGUUCAUUGACUUGUAUGAAAAGAUAAGGUAUAGUGAUACCCCUAUAAGGAGAGAAGAGUUCCUUAGAUACAUGGAUAUUUCCCUUUAUUUCGUCGAUCUUUCAUUGAUUAUCGGUCACGAACACCCAGUUAAUAUUAAUGAAUUAGCUUAUCCAGCAUCUUCGAAACGGACGUCUGUAGCAUCAAGUUCCAAACCAGGCACAAUUUCAGGUGAAUGCUCAGACUAUAAUGGAAGUGGAGAUCUGAUCCAAAAUAGAAAUUGGACCGCUUUGCAAAGAACUGGUAGCACUGGAACAGUAGCUAUUAGGAUAGUUUCAACUCAACCACCAGAGGAACCUGAAUUUUAUAGAAACGAACUACAAGAUGCAUCGGUAAGCUACAUAAAAGGUGAGCACACCCCUUCGAGCGCUGGAAGCUAUAACUCUGUAAUAAGGCGUUGA